AUGAUAGCACAACCAUCCACGGGGUUGGAAAUCAUUUACUGCGACGGAGGUAGCGUGGAAAACAACCCAUAUUAUCCUGGAUUCAAACCAGAGACCAAGAUUCUACCGCGCGGCUCCAUUCUCAAGGAGGGAGCUUUGGCACUUCCUUGCGACAUUCUCUUUGAACGCGACAUCUCGGUCUAUUUACGUGAUGGAACAACGAUAUAUGUCGACCUAUACCGGCCUCCAGGAUGUGAUGUCCAAAAAGUGCCUGUCAUCGUGUGUGCCGGUCCCUUUGGCAAGCUGGGAGGAUUCAACAGAGCCGUUUUCGAUAAGAUGCCAUAUCGCAUGGGCGUACCACAAUGCACAGUGAGCUCGCUGGAGAAGUUCGAGGGGCUGGAUCCGGCAUACUGGUGUUUACACGGCUAUGCGAUUGCUCAUCCUGACGUGCGUGGUUCCUGGAUGUCGGAAGGAGAUGCACAUCUCAACUGUACACUCGACGGUCAAGAUGGUUAUGACCUGGUGGAAUGGUUGGCUUCCCAGGAUUGGUGCAAUGGAAAGGUGUCGUACGCUGGCAACUCGUGGCUUUCGCAAACCCAAUGGUUUAUUGGUGCCGAACAGCCGCCUCACUUGGCCUGUCUGGCGCCCUGGGAGGGCUGGAGUGAUCUCUACAAUGACGAUGUCAUGCGAGGGGGGAUUCCUGCCCCGGAAUUUCAACAGAAUAUUCUGAACGAGUCCUCACCCUGUCGUGGGAAGGCCGAGGAUGUCACAGCCAUGUCUGCAAAGUAUCCUCUGUGGAACGAGUACUGGGAAGACCGGAAAGCCAAGCUAGACCGCAUCACUGUUCCAAUGUAUGUCGUGUCAAGUUGGACCAACCUGCUACAUACGCGCGGCACCUUCAAGGGCUAUCUGGGAGUGUCAACUCCCAAGAACGAGAAAUGGCUCCGUGUGCACAACAGCCAUGAGUGGCCGGAUCUGUACUACCCCCAAAAUACCGAAGAUCUUCGCAAAUUCUACGACUACUACCUCAAGGGCAUCGAGAAUGACUGGAUCUACACUCCGAGAGUUCGAAUGUGUGUCUUGAACCCCGGUGGGACCGACUUGAUCAACCGGCCAGAGGAGGACUUUCCCUUAGCUCGUGAGCUUCCAACAAAGAUGUUCCUGCAUUGCAGCAAUGCUAGCCUCCAGAUGAGUGCACCUGUGGCGGACUCUUCUUCAACCGCGUUUGACGCCCGAACAGGCAAGGCUGAAUUCUUCUACACCUGUUCAGACGAUAUGGAGUUGACAGGCUUUUUUUCUCUGAAACUCUGGGUGGAGGCUGUUGGCACCGACGAUCUGGACCUUUUUGUCAAAGUGUCCAAGCUUGGUGCCGACGGGGAGUUGCUCGAGACCACAUGUAUCGACGCAGGUUAUCUACAGCCUAAUCCGGAUGCAGAACGACGGAAGGUUUUCGAGGGACAUCGGGCUGGAAGCAAGGCGUACGAUCUAUUCUUCUCCGAAGGGUCAACGGGGAGGUUGCGGGUAAGCCAUCGCGAGCUCGACAUGACGAAAUCGACCCCGAGUCAACCAGUCUAUACGCACCGCAGGGAGGAGAAACUCCGAAAUGGCGAGAUCGUUCCUGUAAUAAUCGAGAUGUGGCCGCAUGGCAUGCUUUGGAGACGCGGCCAGGUGCUCAAGUUGACCGUUGCGGGUUAUAACACGAGACCUGAGCAUACACCGAUGCUGAAGCCACCCACAUACAACAAGGGAACCGCCGUGAUACAUACAGGUGGGGUGUACGACUCACAUCUGCUAGUACCGCUGAUUCCAGCCACCAAGCAGCAGUAA